GCAGCCCCAGCGACAGAGUUGCAAAAUGAGUGCGGGUGUGCGUAUUAGUAAGGAAAAUGAACCUUGGCAAAUUUUAGGACGAUGCUUCCCUUCACCUUUUCCCUCAUUGUGAUUCAUGCCCACACCACGGAACGACAACCUUGGAGGCGAGAGAAGGAUCAAGAAAUCAAGAAGAUCAGAGAUUAUUGAAUUGGACCUUCAUUCCGAGAAGAAGGAGACCUGCUAGAUAAAAUUUGAUGCCAUAAAUAUGCACAUGCACCAACAACGACGCCAAAUGCACACACAUCUGCUGCAGAAAGAAACCUUUGCAAUCAUGUUUAUUCAGGGGAAAGUUAUGUAAUGAUGUGAUUUGACUUGAUUUGUGGGUGACAAGCUUUCUAUUUUUACCAAACCCACAAAUUAUGCAAUCCCAUAAAGAGGAACUCGUAGGCAUAUUGUUUCCUUAAUGGGUGUCACGUCAUGUCGUGAUUAUUAUUGCCUCACUUAUGGAAUUAGUUGGCACACUGGGCUACAAUUUCCCUGUUAUUUAAGAUGAGAAAAGUGACGACAAUUUCCAGCAAUCAUUUCAUUACCCAGCUCAACUGACGACCAUACUCGUUCUCCAUUCUUAAUCCCAACCCCCCAGGAAACAAGAUGCAGCCCUUGUCCGUCCUCUUAUUCGGCUCUCUUUUGGCCACCACGACUCUUGGAGCCUCCUUUUUGAAUGCACAGACCGAGAAUGAGGGGAUUAGCUUGAGACAAGAGGACACUGACGAGGAAGUGGAGCCACCCGCAGUCAGUUGGGGACCUCAAGUGGCUCAGAUCAUCUCGGGAGCAUUGUCCGGAGACCUGGCUUCCAUUCUCACCGGCUCAUUCAACCUCGUUCCCGGAACGGACGUCCAGAAGCAGACGAUCGAUGGCAUCACAACCACGCUGCCCACGACGACAACGCCCACGACGACCACGGUGAAAACGACCUCUGCACCCUCCACGACGGCCUCCCCACCAGCACCAGUCGUCGUGACAGCAGCACCAGCCCCAGCGGUUACACAGUCCUUGGUCGAAUUCGAACCGGAAACGUCAGACGCAACCGAGACGGAAGAUGUCCUUCCAUCCAGCACCGCCGCCAACGAAGACGACAACGACGAGGGUGCUGACAAUGAGGAGGAGCAAAAUCAAUUGGGGGACCUCGCAUCAUUCAAAUCCAAAGUUCUGCUAGUCAUCUAACCAAACCAAGCUUUCAAUCAUGACAUAAAAUAAGAGAAAGCCGGUAAAGCUACCAAAAUAUAAAGGGCAAAAUAUAAUAAAACGUAAAAAUUGUGAUAAUAUUUUUAUAUUUCCAAAAACUAAAGUAGAGUUUAUUAAAAACAAAUAAUAAAUCAUAAGUAAUGCAAAAUUAUUUAAAAUAAGAAGGUAACAAAACUUCGCAAACUUAUCGGAUAAAAGAAUGCAAAUAAUAUUUGUCGCAAAUCAAAAUAUCUGUGCAAAAACGGAAGAAUACAUAAAUAUCACAAUGAGA